AUGCUGCCCAUCGCCCCGGUGCUGUGCGCGGUCCUCGCGCUGUGCGUGGCCCUGGCGCUGUGCAUGGUUGUGGCCAUGACAGCGGUGCUGCCGGUGCCGCUGUGGCUGCGGCACUGGGUGGCCAGGGCCGUGCUGUGCCACGCCGGGAGCUGCCAGCGGCGGCGGCUGCAGCUGCGGAGCGCAGAGGUGCAGCCCGCGCAGGAGCGGCGGCUGCGGCGGCUGCUGCCCGCGGGGGCGGCUGCAGGCUCAGACACUUUCCGGGAGAAUUACCCGCUGGCACCAGGCAGCCCUGAAGAGGUGCCGGAUGGGCAGAGGGUCCCUGUUCCGCACCUGCGCCCGUGGGCUCUGCUGUGGAGCUCCUGGGCGGCAGCCCCCCCACUACAGGCAGCCCUGCUCUACCUGGACGUGCUCCGCAGCGCCUUCCCGCAGGCGCUGGCUCUGCGUGGCACGGCUUGGUUCUGCUGGGCCCCCGGCGGUGCCCGCAGUGCGGCGGGCUGGCCCCUGCCCACGCUGUACUGCACGCCGGGCGGGACGGGCGCCGUGCCCUCCCGCGCCGCCGCCCUGCGUCUGCAGCUGCUCGUGGCCCUACGGGAGCGCGGGCUGCGCGUGCUGGAGGCCGCGCUGCCCUCCGAGCUCUUCGACGCGCUGGCCGCUCUGCGCGCUGCCUGGCCCGCCCUGGCUGACGACCUGGAGCUGGGGUGGCUGAGCCCGUGUCCGGAGCUGCCCGUGGGCACCCAGCGCCAGCUGCAGGCGCUGCUGUCCCCCGACGCUGCGCGGGCGGCCGAGCUGCGGGCCGAGUGCGCCCGUGGCUUCGAGGGCAUCGUGCGGCGCCUGUGGCCGCAGCUGCAGGUGGUGGUGGUGGGCACGGCGCAUGGCGGGGAGCACCUCUACUGCGAGGCCCUGCGGCAGGGGGAUUGCAAGGGGCUCCCCAUCUACUGCCCCUUCUACCAGGUGAAUGGAGCUCUGCUAGGCAUGAACCUCUGGCCAGAGGAGCCGAGUCCCCGCUUCCUGCUCUGCCCCGACUGGGCCUUCUGCGAGUUCCUGCCCUGCGCGGCCACGGAGCCGCCGCCGGUGCCCACCGCGCUGCUGGGGGAGCUCUGGGAGGGCCGCGAGUACGAGCUGGUCCUCACUGCCCGGCCCGGCCACUACAGGCGCCGUGCCGGAGAGGUGCUGCGGGUGUCCGGCUUCCGCAGGCAGUGCCCCGUGGUGGAGCCCGUGCGCAGGGAGAGCCAGACGCUGAGCGUGCGGGGCGAGCGCGUGCCCGAGGAGCGCUUCCUGCAGAGCCUGCGCCGCGCCGUGGCCCUGUGGCCGGGCGCCCGCCUGGUCGACUACGUGUGCGCGGAGAGCGCGCUGCUGGGGGCCUCCUCGGGGGCCGGCGCCCCCCACUACGAGGUGUUCGUGGAGCUGCAGGGCCUGCGGGACCUGUCGGAGGAGCAGCGCUCCAAGCUGGAUCGCUGCCUGCAGCAGGAUUUCCCCACCUAUAAGUCCUUCCGCUUCAAGGGCAGCAUCGGGACACUGCGGCUGCACCUGGUGGCACCAGGGGCCUUUGCCCGGCUGCGGGAGGCCGCCGGCUCCCCCCAGCCCAUGCCCCGGCUGCUGCGGGACAGGCGGCUGCUCUCCGCCAUCCAGAGCUCCGUCAUCUCCUAG